AUGUCUACCGCAAUCCCCACCAACAAGAGAACGGCUAUUCUCAAUGAUGGAAAUGGAAUUCCACUAAUCGGCCUGGGGACGUACCUCUCAAAGCCAAAUGAGGUUCGGGAUGCUGUUCUAGCGGGAUGGAAAUGUGGCAUGCGGCACUUUGACUGCGCGCAGUUCUAUCAGAAUGAAAAGGAAAUCGGUUCGGCAAUCGAGACUCUGAGGAAGGAGGAGCCGCGCUUCAAGAGGGAAGACCUCUUCAUCACCAGCAAGGCUUGGAACUCGUCAGUACAAACCCAAACAUAUCUUUACUUAAUUCACUGGCCAGUCAACUUCGCCGCGGUCGAUGAUGCCAAGUCCGAUACUGGAGUAAAGCUGGAACCAUCUGAGGGAGGCAACAUGCUGCUCGACAGGGAGCUGAGCUUGACGGCUACCUGGGAAGCUAUGAUCGAGGUUAAAAAGGCUGGCAAAGUGAAGAGCAUUGGUGUCAGCAACUUCAGCCUGGCGCACAUUCAGAAGCUCAUUGACGAGACUGGUGUAGUUCCAGCUGUCAACCAGGAUCUUAUUCCUCUCAACUAG